GGGGCGGGGUUUUGGAAGCCUUUCGGCGGGAAUCCCUAAUGGCGGCAGCCGAGACGGGGAAGUCACUUGAAGGAGGGAAGCCAGGCGGGAGCGCUGCUGAUGUCCCAUCUACUUCUACUUCUCCUGCCGGGAGCGGCCAUUAUGAACUGCCCUGGGUUGAAAAAUACAGGCCAAUGAAGAUGUCGGAAAUCGUUGGCAAUGAAGACACUGUCAGCAGAUUAGAGGUGUUUGCAAGAGAAGGGAAUGUUCCAAAUAUAAUUAUUGCUGGCCCACCAGGAACUGGAAAAACCACCAGCAUUCUUUGUCUGGCUCGUGCACUUCUGGGCUCUGCAUUCAAAGAUGCCGUUUUGGAGCUUAACGCAUCAAAUGACAGAGGCAUUGAUGUCGUCAGGAACAAAAUCAAGAUGUUUGCGCAACAAAAAGUCACACUUCCAAAAGGCCGGCAUAAAAUAAUUAUCUUGGAUGAAGCAGACAGCAUGACAGAUGGAGCCCAGCAAGCCUUGAGACGCACUAUGGAAAUUUAUUCUAAAACAACUCGUUUUGCCCUGGCUUGCAAUGCUUCUGACAAAAUCAUAGAACCCAUCCAGUCUCGCUGUGCAGUUCUGCGAUACACCAAGCUGACAGAUGCCCAGAUUCUUAUGAGGCUAAUGAAAAUCAUCGCGAAAGAGAACAUACAAUAUACAGAUGAUGGUCUAGAAGCGAUUAUCUUCACAGCCCAGGGAGACAUGAGACAGGCACUAAACAACUUGCAAUCUACCCAUUCCGGAUUUGGUUUCAUCAAUAGCGAGAAUGUAUUUAAGGUGUGUGAUGAGCCCCAUCCUUUGCUAGUGAAGGAGAUGAUCGGCCAUUGUGUCAAUGCGAACGUCGAUGAAGCUUAUAAGAUUCUUGCUCACUUAUGGAAGCUUGGUUACUCACCUGAAGACAUCAUCGGCAAUAUUUUCCGAGUCUGUAAAACAUUCCAAAUGGCAGAAUAUCUGAAGUUGGAGUUCAUUAAGGAAAUCGGUUAUACACACAUGAAGAUAGUAGAAGGAGUAAAUUCGCUCCUACAAAUGGCAGGCUUACUAGCCCGCCUCUGUCAGAAGACUGCUGCUCCCACCACAAGCUGAGAGGAUGGACGUCAAGUUGGUCAAUAAAGAGGAGAUUUUGCAAACUGA